AUGCAUAGUUUCGACCCUGGUCUGUCGCUGGCCACCAAGCAGAAUAACUGGGAGACUCUGUUCAAGUUUUUCAAGAAGUACAAUGUGGAUAUCACUGUUGAAGACUUCGAGCCAGUUAUUCACAACUGUCCUGGUGCUGGUAUCAACAUUGUCACCAAGGCGUACUAUAUUCUCACGAAGAGGCGUUUGGGUGGUAGUGCAGGCAAGAUUGGCAGUAGAGAUGAGAGCACUUCCUCUGUCGUCCACGGCGGUGUGGAUAGUGAUGCUCCGAAUUACGCGAAGAACACGGCGUCAGUAGUACUGAAAGACCCGGAGAUCGAUAGAACUGUUGAUGACAACGCGAGGGUUUUGAAAGCACUGAUAGCUCUGGAUGCACACAACCAAGAGCAGCUCAAUGAGAAGGCCAGGACGGGCAGCAAUGACUCACAGUAUCGCCUUUAUCCACAAGGGCGUCCUGAUGUGGGCCAAAACGAAGAAGAGCUUGAGCCUGGUGAGCAAGGUGGAGAUGAGCCAACAGCGGUGGGCGUUGAAGCAUGCCAAGUGGUGUCUGUCUCGUUCACCCCUCUGGCAGGCGAGAGAGGCUCGAGAAAAGCUCUUGGCUGCGAUGCUUGA